AUGCCAUCAUCAUCUGAGGCCAUUGAGGCGCUUAAUGCCGCCAUCACGAAUGCGCUGAUUCUCAUCGACAAACUCCAGACUGUUGUAUCCCAGGUCACUUCUCAGGGCAGCGUCGAAAAUGGCAGGGUGGACGGCCGGACUACACAACAGCUUUCAGCAGACAGUUCAUCGCUUGACGCACUGACCGUCGCCCACGACUCUGCAUCGUUAAUCAAAGCCCAUGCCACCAAGAUCUCGCUUCUCAUUAUCAACGAGCCUUUUACUCCAACAGCUAUUACCAAAGUUCUUCAGGAUUUAGUUGCUGCUCCGUUGCCCAGCCUAGCUGCAGCUGUCGAACUUUGCUCCCCAAGCCAGUAUACACAAGCUAUCCAGUACGAUCUCGCCUGGCGUGCUGGGCGUGUGUUCAAGGAACUAUCCGUUCUUAUCUCACAAAUACCCCGAGAUGGCAAGAUCCUGCCCGAUGCUAAAAAGAAUGCUCCGCCUGGUGCCGCUGAGGGUAGGGGAAGUAUUGCUACCACUGGUAUCCUUUGGUCUGCCUGUGAGGAUGUGAUAGCCUUCGGCAAGAGGGGAUUUUCGGGAAUUCUGGUAAAAAAGGUCGAGGAACUCAGUGAGACCCUGAAGGAUGUUAUGGAGGAGCUGAAAGAGUGGGGAGAAGAAGCAGAAGAAGACAAUGAUGAUGAUAACGAUGGGCUUGCGGACAGCGACGUGGAAGGAGAUGAUGAAAAGGAUAACAGUGCGUCCAACAUGCAGGCCUUGUUGGAUGAUCUGAUGAACUCGCACAGCCGGAUUCCGCGCGAUGACCCACAUAAGAUCCGGGAAAGACUGGAAGCAUGUCUUAAAAAGCUUCGUCUUACAACUUUACUCUAUCAAGCAACCAUUAAAAGGAGACUAAAGCCUCUACCCCGUACUCCACCAACAGGAUCGGAUAUCCCGGUUCGUCUGGAUGAGGUGUUGGUUCUCCUCAAGCGGAUACCAGAGAAAUUCGGGAACCUCGCAAUGGCUUUCUACGAACUUGACCCAGUUGAGAUUGAUCGUCAGAUGGAUGAAUGUUUCUUGGAUGCAUUCGCAGUCUCGGAGCUCCUCCUUAAGCCCUGGGACAAAGAAAAGGAUGAGUUUACCGACUGGGCUCUCCGAUUCCAGGUAGAAAUGAAAAAGAGCUAG